AUCUAUCCACUUUUCCAUGUCCACUCUCAGCUCGAUAGCAAAGCGCCAACUGAGAACACCUACGAGAAAUAUGACUACUUCAGUCGCUCACAAGAUCAAGGUCGACAUGGUGUCAGACGCUAUCUGCCCAUUCUGCUUCAUCGGUUACAAGAACUACAACCAGGGAGUAGCUCUAGCCAAACAGAAAAACCUCGAUCUCGAUCUCGACCUUGAAUUUAAGCCAUUCCUCCUGGACCCCACGCUCACGUCGGAGCCCAUGGUCAAGCGAGAUAGAUACGCUCAAAAGUUUGGAGGCAAAGAGAGGGUGGCUGCUAUGGAGCAGCAGAUGGUCCAGCGAGGGAAGGACGUCGGAAUCAACUUCUCGUACGGCGGCACGCUCUCACGGACACACGAUUAUCACAGAGUCAUGGCCCAUGCCUAUGAGAAAGGUGGCGAGCCUCUUCAGCGCAAAGUCGCCGAGUCAUUCUUUACCGGCUAUUUUGAGAAUGAGCAGGAUCCCGGUCAACGCCCUUACCUUGUUAAAACGGCGUUGGACACGGGAGUCUUCGCGUCAGAAAAGGAAGCCAACGACUUUUUCGACUCGUCAGCUUUCGAUAAAGAGGUCAACGCUGGGUACCGGCAAGCCAAGGAGCUCGGAGUCUCUGGUGUUCCAUUCUUUGUGCUGGAUAACAAAUACGGAAUCAGCGGGGCUCAGCCCCCCGAGGCCUUCUUGCAGGUUUUCGAGCAGCUGAGCAAAGAGAAGAAGCCUCAGCCCGAACAGCUAGCUGACGGCGGGGCUUGCGAGGUCGGCAAAGAGUGCAGCUGAGUUGUACGUAGAUCAGAGCAUAGAUCUGAUAUGAAGGAAGACGCAAUGCGAAUGACGGGUAGCGGAGUUCAAU